AUGGACCCCAGCCACUUCGAGGCGAAGAGCUUCACUGUGGACCACUCUGUGGAGAGCUUGGGUAUCGUCUUCGUGACACUUCCUCCGCUGCCACCCCCUCCCUUGGUGGUCAAGCAGGUGCACGAAGGCACGUGGGCGGCGACUGCGGGGAUCCAACCUGGUUGUGAAGUGGUCGAGCUUGGUGGCAACAUAGUGGGUACGAUGACGCGAGAGCAGUUUCGAGCUGCCAUCAACCAGAGGCCGUUGCGGAUACGCUUCUUACCACCCAACGCCAAGGUGUGGCAACAGGUCGCGCAAUUUCAGAAGCAGGUCGUGCGGCUUAGUUUUCAGAAGGUGCUUUUGCAGAAGGCGCUACGCGAUGAACACGAGAACGUCAAAAAAGAACUUGGCAUAGACGGCGAUGCAGAGGCUAAACAGAAGGAGCGUGCCAGUCUAGCUCGUGAAGACAUUGCCGUUCAAAGGAAGCAGUUGGAGCGACGGAAACAAGAGAUAGCCAAGCAAGAAGCAGAACUGGAGACGAAGAACGAACAAGUCGCAGCUUUUGACCAGGAGACGCAGGCGCGCAGGACAGCUUUGAAGGCUGACUCGCUGCACUUGGCCUCGCAGAAAGCAGAGCUGGAGAGAGCUCGGCACGACUUCGAUGCCAUGCGCAAGGUCAAGCAGGAGGCUCUCGAAAAGGAGCGGCAGCUGCUUGCAGCCGAACGCGCAGAACUCGAUGCCAAGAGGGAGGAAGUGUUGGUGGCGCAGACCGACCGUGAGGACCUGGAAGCAGAAUGGCAGCGCCUGCGCGACGAGCGCGAGGAGCUUACAGCCAAGCAGACCCAACUGGAAUCGGCUGUACAGAAGGCUCAGAAUGAGUGGGCCAUCCUUGAUGAAGAACGAUCGGCUCUGGCACGUUCGAGGGAGGAACUCGAAGACGAUGUUCUGCAUUUGUCGCAGGCAAAGGCAGAGCUGCAGGAACACCGAAGCCGCGAUAUAGCACGCCAUGAAGAAGUCGAAAGAGAGGUGUUGGCAUUUAAAGAAUCCUCGGAGAGGACUAAAGCAGAGCUGCAAGCAGAGCGUUUACAACUGCAGGCGCAGAAUCAGAAAGAGAAGGAGGAGUUCAAAGCCAAGUGCAAGCAGGCACUGCAGCAGCUGGAGAGCAGAAAGCGCCAACUCCUGCAGCUGCAAAAGCAACUGGCAGCCGAGAGGUCAGCUGUGGAAAAGGCCCGAAAGGAGUUGGAAGACUCGCAGAAGGAGCGCAAGGAGGAGGCGACUCAGACCGCGACCGUCAUCGAAACUCUUGAAGCCUGCACACAAGCUACUCCGGAGAGCACCGUUACUGCCGUGCAGACCGAAAGAGAGGAAGUAGCUUUCGGUGCUGUGACCCUGAACUCCGUGCCAAAGGAAGCACGGCAGCUAGCAGCUCCCGAGGGUGCGCGUGGAGUCGUCACUACAGAAGUCUUGAUGGAUGCCGACCGACUACGGGCCGUUGAUCUCACGGCUCAUGUCCACACCCUGCUUCAAGCUCGCAAGGUUGAUGUGCAUUGCAUGCGGACUUUGAGCCAGCUGCUGCAGGGAAUAGUCCGGUCGCCGCAGGAGGGUAGCGAGCUCCCCUCUGAGUCCGCCUCCACCAGCAAGCUGAAGCAGAUCAAGAGCGGCUUUGGGCAAGGAGCCCGCUUCAGAGGUCUGCGGCAGUCCGAGUCUCCUCGCACUCCCAAAGAGCCCCGCCGCCCUGUGGGACACCGGCAGCCAAGCCCACGUCCGGCAAGCCCAAGUCCUCCAUCAGAGCUUCCACGGUCACAAGGUCUUGCAAAGAAAGCUCUGGCCGAGACGGCGGAUGUGCGAAAGUUGCUGGCAGAGGAGCUCAAGAAGGAGUCGAAGCGCAGCCCCCCAGCUCGCUCUGCGAGCGUUGUACAAAGCUGGCUCAUGCAGCUCGAUGAAUAUGCCCACUACGAAGUAGUGUGGCAGCUGAAGGGGUAUGGAAUUCUGUCAGCCCAGCUCUUGCUGACGAUCGUAGUGGCAUAUCCAUGCGCUACCAUGAGUGACCAGCUCUUGGAGAAAUACUCCUGGCUCCCUGCUUUGUCUCUCUUCACUAUGCUUGCUUUUGCUCUCGUGAUAAGUUGCUGCAGAGAUACCAUGCGAACUUUUCCCAAGAACUAUAUUUGUCUUGGAAUCUGGACCGCUGCCACCGGGACCAUGACCGGGCUGGUUUGUCGACAAUAUUCAGCUCCCAUUAUUCUCAUUGCCAUGAUGAUCACGGCAGUAGAUUUCCUUCUUUUGACAGCAUACGCCUUCACCACGAAGACGGACUUCACUGGGUAUGCACCAUACCUGUGGACAGGGCUUUGUGUUCUGACUCUCGUGAGCUGCGUCUUUCUCUUCCUGUCCAUGUUCGGAAUAGUAUGGCCUCUCGCGCAGAUGGGCUACUGCACCCUCGUUCUGCUCAUCUUCCAGUUCUACGUUAUCUUCGAUACGCAGCUCAUGCUAGGUCAGUGGGGCGGCCAUGAACUGGAAUUCAGCAUUGAUGACUAUGCUUUCGCUGCCAUGAGCCUUUAUUUGGACAUCAUCAACCUCUUCCUAAAUAUCGUGCAAAUCCUCGGGUUCCGGGAUAACUGA